CUCUGUUGAUUCAUUUUGAACCCAAUCAGAAAGAUUUCCGACAUGAGUCGAGUGGCUGUCAGCUUGCGGACGUGCCUUUCAUUCUUCAGUGUCACUCGAAGUGCCGUUGAUUUGUUUUUUUUGCCCCGGACCACCUUAAAUGUCUGACGACAGCAUCUCCAGGACAACAGCUUUACGCUGCAAGGACGGGGCUAGAAAACACACUGACACUGAGCUUCCCUUUCAGUACCACCAGAUUUUGGACAGCUCCCUGCUGCCGCACGCUCCCUGAGCCAGAACAGCGCAACUCGCCCCAGGUCCGGAUCUAAAAACCUCCAGCGGCCCCGGAUCCCAGCCGAAAACCUGCAGUUCGUGCAGGGAAGCGAGUGGUCCUGACCCGAAUCCAGUUUCAGUUAGCCAAGUGUGUGCUUUCCGAAUCUGGGUCACUCACCUACAUUCACCGGGGGAGUCCGCGAUUAGGAGCAGACAGCUGCCCACAGAAAGCCAGAGCCCAGCUGCAGAAACUCCACUUUUUAACUUCUGUCACCACUUGUCCUUGAACCUGCACCCAAGCAGGCAUCGCAAACUUCACUCUUGCUUUGGAGAGGCUAGGGAGGAUCCAGCUGGUACUUACACCGGGAGGCUGUUACUCCCAAUCAAUAGUUGUUCUGAUCCGGAAUGCAUCCUCUGGAAAGCUGGGCGGGAGGAGAUUCAGUAGUAACAUUUGAAGAGGAAUGUCAUAGGCACUUGCAACGGAAAAGCUGCUGGGUUGAGAGGGACGGCUAGAAAACCGAGACUGGUUGGAUAAUGCUUACGAAGAGGCAAAUUAGGCACUUCGGCCGUCUUCAGUGAUUGAAUAAUAAUUGCCUCUUUUUCCAUGUGACCGGAACAUUUCGGAAGGAGAUGCAGUGCCUGUGCUGAGUGACAUGCAGAUGGAUGAGAGUGUUGACCUGCCAAACUGCAUCAUGGAUGAGAAUCUCGACUGUAGAUUCAACAACCUUAACUGGGAACAGGUUCAGAGCUUGGAUCAAGUCUUAACAGAAAUGAUACCUAUUCACGGAAGAGGCAACUUCCCCACACUGGAAAUCAAGCCAAAAGACAUUAUUCAUAUUGUGAAGGAUCGGUUGGAAGAGAAUGGGAUUAUGGUCCAUGAUAUUCGUCUCAAUGGCUCAACUGCAAGUCACAUCCUUGCAAAGCAAAACGGAACAAGUUACAAAGACCUUGACAUUAUCUUUAGAGUAGAGUUGCCUGGAGAGGAAGAGUUCCAGGUGGUAAAGGGAGUGGUGUUGGAUUGUCUUCUGGACUUUCUACCACAAGGUGUAAAUAAGGAAAAGAUCACAGGGCUUACUUUGAAAGAGGCCUAUGUUCAGAAAAUGGUUAAAGUUUCCAAUGAUUAUGAUCGAUGGAGUCUUAUCUCCUUGUCAAACAACAGUGGAAAAAAUGUUGAGUUAAAAUUUGUUAAUUCGUUACGGAGGCAGUUUGAAUUUAGUGUGGACUCUUUCCAAAUAAUUCUGGACUCAUUGUUACCUCUUUUCUGUUGUCAAGAAAAUGAAAUGACAGAGGAGUCCUAUCCAACUGUCAUAGCAGAAAGCAUGUAUGGAAAUUUUGAGGAGGCAAUGGAUCACCUGAGAUACAAACUGAUAGCCACAAGAAACCCUGAGGAGAUUCGAGGUGGUGGCUUGCUUAAAUAUAGCAAUCUCUUGGUUCGAGAAUUUAAACCAGCAUCUGAUACAGAAAUCAAAGGUUUAGAACGCUACAUGUGUUCAAGGUUUUUUAUUGACUUCCCGGAUGUGUCCGAGCAGCAAAGGAAGAUUGAGUCCUACCUACGAAACCAUUUCAUCGGUGAAGAGAAAAGCAAGUAUGAUUACCUGAUGAUACUGCGCCAAGUUGUGAACGAAAGCACAGUCUGUUUGAUGGGACAUGAAAGAAGGCAGACAUUGAAUAUGAUCACCCUGUUGGCUCUGAGAGUACUAGGUGAACAGAAUAUCAUUCCAAAUACUGCCAAUGUCACCUGCUACUAUCAACCUGCCCCUUAUGUCAGUGACCGGAGUUUUAGCAAUUACUACAUUUCACACGGACAGCCACACCUUGUCUAUCAGCCCUAUCCACUGCAUAUUAAUAUGCAGACUGGUUUGGUUUAAUGUUAUACAAAAUGCAAAUGCUUGACUUUGAACAAGACACAAGUUUUCAGGUCCCUGGAGAUCUGAAGUAAGAGGACGGUUGUAACCCAUUGAGUGUGCUGUUGGUUGCCAAUGAAGCCAACAAGUCAGAUAUAUGACAAUUGUUGGGUAAUCCAUGUUGAAAGCGACCUGCAAAUAGAUGACCAAACAGUAGGUGUGCCACUUAAUAAUGAUAUGUGCUUAAUCAGUGAAGAAUAGUCAAAAGACCGACUGAGCACAGAUGCAUGGAGUAUAAUGUAGGGAUUUUUUUAUAAAGAUAAAUGUUGAACCAAUACAAAAGUAGAAAGACAUAUUAGUAGGUGAAGUUAGAUGAUGGGAUUGAUAGUCCUGCAUACCCCUGCUUUGGUGAUUAUAGUUAGGACUAGAUGGUAAAGCUACUCUGAGAUCAGAAAUAAUGAUUGCAUUGAAAAUAACCAUUUUGUACUUGAAUUGUUCUGGUUACAUAACAGUCAAGUAUGUGUGGACAACAUUUCUUCAAUGUGAAAUGAUCUUGUGACAAGGAAAAACUUUAUUGACCAAAGAUUGUUUGUAAAUAUUGCAUCACACAAGUGCCUAAGCUAUGUAGAUAGGUCAUGAAAGCAUCCAAUAAUUCUUUCAGGAUAUGCCAUUUACUUAUCAUUGGUUUGGGAUUGGAGACAUUGCAUCUAAUUAAUUAACAGUUCAUAUUACACUCAAGCAUAUUAUGGCACAGAAUGAACCAUUUAGCCAAUUAUGCCACUGCUAGCAACAUAAUGUCUACAGGUGACUACAUGUUUUUAUGACUGCGGGUCACCUGUAUCAUUUACAGAUAUGGAGUCUUUGAGAUUUCUGUUGCAGCCUUCAGAAACUGACUCAUCAACUUCAGGUAAUUGAAUUCAAGUAGUUGUCUGCAAGAGCAGUUACUGACUGAAAUUUUUUCAAGAACUGACAGAUACACCUCUCUGUUGCAGGCAGUGCUAAUAAAUCUGAAUGCCAGAAAAGUCAUGCGAAGGGCCAUUCACUCACACAUACUUGGAAAUUGAAAGUGUUAAAAAUAUAUAUCACUCUAAACACAAAUAACGGUACUUCCUGAUAUUGCGGUGUAAUCAUGCAAAUGGCAUUUUAAUAGUUCACUGAUCUUUAUCAAACAUUCUAAUUCUACUUUUAAUUUCAAUCUGCCAGUUUUGUCUUGAGUAAAAUUUAUUGUUCCCCAAAUUGUUUAGCGCCUUGGUCAGGAGAUAUCGAUGGUUGUGGGAAAUCAGAAUAGUCUGAAACAUCUAUCAAUAAUGUAUUUAACAGUGCUCUCUUCAGCUAAAAACUUAAAAAAAAUUUCACUUUAUUAACAAAACUUUGGAUAAGAUUCCAGUAAUUGCCAUAAUUAUCUCUGUAUAAAAAAUUUAGCAACAGUACAGAAAACAUAAGUUAAUAGAAAAGAUACUGAGAGUUGAGAAAGUGGAUUAUUCUUUAGUUGGCUUAUAAUUAUACAGCACAGAAGGUGGCCUUUUCUCCCGCUUGUGCAUAAGGCAACUCUUUGAAAAACCCACUAAUUUGUCUGAUGCACCUAUUCUUUCCUCAUCACUCUAAAUGUUUCAAGCAUACAUUUGUUUUUAUGUCUGGAAUGUAAGUAAUUUGUUGCACAGAAGAUUUCUGUUCAUCUUUUGUUUAGGCUGAUGGCCUUUGUCUGCAAGUGAGUUCCUUUGUUAUUUUAUUUUUCUUUAUUCUUUAAUUGAUGGGAUAUGGGUCAUCCAACUCCAAUUGCCCUUGAACGGAAUGAAUUGCAAGGCUAUUUCAGAGGGCAGUUGAGAGUCAACGGUGUUGAUGUGGAUCUGGAGUCACAUGUAGGCCAGACCAGGUAAAGAUGGCAGACUUCCAUUCCUAUGGGCUAUUGGUGAUCCAGAUGGAUUUUAACAGCAAUCAUUAAUUGUUUCAUGAUCACCAUUCCUAAGACUAACUUUUGGUUCUAGGUUUUAUAAAUUGAAUUCAAUUCUACCUGUUACCAUUGUGGGAUUUGUGACCAUUUCCCCUAGACUAUGAAACUUCUGGAUUAUUAGCAUAAUGUACUACACCAACAUCUCUUCCAACCUGGAGAUUCCUCAAUUGUUAUUUAUAAAUAAUUUCUUAGGGAAAGAUACCAGAAAAAUAGGUUACCUUGUCCUUGGCAAAAAAGGUGUUCAUUUUUAAAGACAGAUGCAUUCUAUUCAAUCCAACUCAACUGAAGCAUCACAUAUUAGGGAAUUUUUCUUUUUUGCUAACAAAUACAGCAGUUCCUCUUUGUUAUUCUGGGAGUCAUUCAAAAGGAAUGUCAAAGGAAGUAUUUUGUAGAAUGUGUUUCUUUAUGAUAACACAGCACCUUCUGUGAAGAAUCACAAUUUAUUCGAGUCACUUACAGAAGAAAUAAAAAAUGUUCUUCCAGGUGAAAAAUUACAGUAACAGCUGCCAAGAGUCAGAUGUUGCAUCUGGAAUUAAAUAAAACACAAAGAAAGCAAUUAAUUGAUGACAAUAUAUCUGGAAAUAUUAGUUUAUACUUUUAAACUCAAUGUGAGAAGUUGAGAAGUACAACGUCAAUGCAUGUUACCAAUGAACGCUGUCUUUAUAACAUCAGAAAAAUCCAGUGUAAGCAAAGUGCAAUUUCGUAGCAAUGUGAUUAAGUCUACUUACUGCGAAAAAGAAGUGAUACAGCUUUAAUUAUUUUUAAAUGGCCCAGGAGCUUGGAAAUUCUUAGGGACUUGGCUUUGUUCAACUUUAUUCAAAUCUAGAAACCCUGCCUUAAGACCUAUGUUAUAACAGGUCUACUUGUGAUGAAUCAAUAGUAACCAUCUAAGUGCAUGCCUGUCCCAGUAUUAAAAGAUGGAGCAGAAUUGUACUAAAGAGAAACUUGUUUCCCUUUCUUUGGCUUCUUCCAAAGCCAUUCUAAUUAAGGAACAUUCCUUCCGGGAUUGAUUACUUUGGGCUAGCAAAGAAGCCUUGUCUUAACUGCUGUUGGCUCGACUGAAGGAUUUCUUAUAGGACUAGAGGGCAGGAUGUCCCGUGAAUCCUAGUUAAACACUUUCUUGAUGUAGUAAAAUAUUUGCUUUUGAUUAGAAUUAAAAGUCCAUCCUGAACAGAAUAAAAUCCUGGCUGGUCUCGGUUCUGGCCUACAGACUGGGCUGUUUCCGGAUGAAAAUGAGAAUUGCAAGAAAUUCAAAACUGCAAUCUUUUUUAAAUCUUCAAGACCACUUUGUCAAAUAAUAUUUCAUUAUGGCCAACUUUUGUUUUAGUGUCAGCCUGAUUUUUCAAACAAGAAUGUGGAACAUAAUACAAAUCUCAUAUUUGGAAAUUAUUCUGCAUCAUACUAAAUUUACCAAACCUUAAUCCCUUGUCACAGAAAUAGAAAAGAGCCUGUUUACUACAAUCAAUGAAUCAAUACAAGCAAAAACUAUAAAUGUUCUAUAAAACAAAUAUCAAAAUUCCUGACAUUGGAUUUUCUGUUAUCUCAGGACAAAAGGGAGAUAUUUUUACAGCCAAUGCUCAAGGCAUUAAAUGAAUAAAAUGUCAGGUCAGUUCUCAUCUCAUUUUCAAAGCUGAAAAUGCAUAUUACAAUUUGGUCAAAACCGCUGAACCAAAUGAUAUACCGUAAGACAAGCAAAAAUUAUCACAUUUGAGUGGCAUACUGUCAGCAUUUGUUUGGAAUCAGCCUUUGUUUGAUACCAGCAUUCAUGCCUUGGAGCCAGAUGGUUCAAGCCCCAUGCCAGAAAUCUGACCUCAAAAUCUAAGCUACUAAUUCAGACCAAUACUACACUGUCAGAGUUAAAUAUCUUAUAAUUGAAAUUUUAAAUCAUCUGCCUUGCUGCACUCUCAGGUGAUUGUUAAAGGUCCUGUAACACUGCUUGAAGAAAGGUAGAGGAAUUGUCUCCAGUGUCCAGGCCAAUAUUUAUUUGCCAACAUCACAAAAGCAAAUUAGUUGGUCGUUAUCUCAAUGCUGUUCGUCAGACGUUGCAUUAACUGCCCUUUUCCUUCAUCACUGCAGUGACUACACUUCAAUGUGCUUUUGAAUUAUCUGAGGUUGUAGAAGGCCCUACAGAAAUACAAGUUUUCUUGCAAUGCAAAUGAAAAAUUGAAUGCACUAUGCUGAGUGAUACAGCAGUAAAACUAUAUUUUCUACAGAUUAUUUUUAGUGUAUUUAAGCGUAUAAACCUCAAAAUUACACUCCCAAAUAUUAUCACAUGGGUUAACUAAUAAUUUGAAAUAGUAUACUAAAAGAAUUUCAUUCAAAUGCUUUAGGUACUCAUGUGUUAAUAUUUACAAAAGUGUAAUUUCAAAGACUUGUUGUUCUUGGUGUUCCUAUAUUGUAUAGAUCACAAAGUACACAUGUAUAUAGUCAAAUACAAAUAUAAAGCUCUAUAUUUUGCCUAAAGUAGUUUUGAGAGACUACAUUUAACCCUGGAACUCCAUGAAUAUGGAAACAAAUUGAGCAGCAUCAUUCUAUCUGGCCAAGGUCUCUUCCUCUUGGCAGUCCUGUUCCUGUUUUCUGAAGCUGUUGUACAAUCUCGUAUUCCUCAGUUUGUCGUAAACAGAUCAGAAUUUCAAAACUAGUGUAUACUUUGAUUUGUGUUUGCUAACUUGAAACCUAUUGAUUACUGUACAUUUAAGAGUAAUGGAAGCUGAUCAUGCCACAUGUAUCUGCAUUGCAAAAGAGAAUGAUUUUGCAAACUGUGAAUUGAGUACAAUUAUAUCACCAGCUGCAAUACUGAGUUGCCAAUAUUUUUCUACUAAUACAACAGAGUAUUUUAAAAUUGUCAAGUGCAUUACCACGGUGAUUUUAUAUAUUCCUAACAUGCGGUUACUGGCAUAUUGAGAGGCAGUUUGAGAGACACAGAAUAAUUUUGAGGAGAUCUUAAUUGAUGGAGGAAUAAAUAAUCCAGGCUUGUGCAGUUCUUUUCCAUUCACCGUAAAAUUGUAUCAGAGUUGUAAGUACUUAUAGUGCACCCACACAAUUCUCAAGUAUCAAUUGAAAUUUUCGGUGCACUGGUCACUUGUAGGGCCGUCUCAGCAACUGUUGUUUCAUUACAUAUAACUGUGGCACAGAAACCAUUGUAUAAAAUGGGCCUAAUGAGAAGCUUUGAAAUGAAAACAAAUAAACAAGAAGAUCCACCUAAGGCUUUUGUGUACCUUGGAGAUAAUUAAAUCUUUUCUUUCAUUAUUGAAAAGAGAACUUCAAAGAUUUAUGAUGUGAAAUGUGAAUGGAAAAUUGUUCAGUGCUGGUUGUUGCUGUUGCCUUCUGCAUUUUUAUUGUUUCAUGUCUAGACUCGUGUACAAAUCUAUUUUGUUCUGUUUUUGGUGAUUGUGUACUUGUUUACAGUGU